CCUCAAUUUCUUUAGCCUUUAAAAUUCCCUCUAUAUAUACUGGGACUCUAUUUUCCAUCGUACUUGUACACGCGCACCAACGGCCCCCACCCCCCCAAACCAAAGGCUCGUUCUCGGGUGAUUGUUUGGAAGGCUAUGGAGAGAAUGGAACUGGAGAAGAAAAUGGUGAAAUCAAGAUUCAAGAGGGUUUGUGUGUUUUGUGGCAGUAGUACUGGGAAGAGAGAUUGUUACAGAGAUGCUGCCAUUGAACUUGCCCAAGAGCUGGUGGAAAGAAGAUUGGACCUUGUGUACGGAGGGGGUAGUAUUGGGCUUAUGGGAUUAGUUUCACAAGCUGUUCAUCAGGGUGGAGGCAAUGUUCUUGGGAUCAUACCCAGAACUCUUAUGAGUAAAGAGAUCACUGGAGAAACGGUUGGAGAGGUAAAGCCAGUGGCUGACAUGCACCAAAGAAAAGCAGAAAUGGCCCGCCAUUCUGAUUGUUUUAUAGCCCUACCAGGUGGGUAUGGAACUUUAGAGGAGUUGUUGGAAGUGAUCACUUGGGCUCAGCUUGGUAUCCAUGACAAGCCUGUGGGUCUACUUAAUGUUGAUGGUUACUACAACAAUCUUCUGACUUUCAUUGACAAGGCUGUAGAUGAUGGGUUCAUCAAACCCUCCCAGCGCAACAUCUUUGUCUAUGCACCAAAUGCCAAAGAACUUGUUCAAAAGCUUGAGGAGUACGAGCCUGUGCGUGAUGGAGUUAUAGCCAAGGCAAGGUGGGACGUUGAGCUUCAGCAACCGUCACAGCAACCACAGGUCGGGUUCAAUGCCACCACUUUGCAGACUGAGGUCGCUCUAUGAAAGAGAACAUGAAAAAAAAAAAAAAAAAAAAAAAGCAAAGAAAGAAAAAAAAAAGUUAGGGAAAAAGGAGUUUUAGGCUUUGUUUGGUUGCUUUUUUGGUCUGAUGAUUUUGGGUUAGGUACCAACCAUAUUUCCAAAUAAUGGUGUUAUGGUAAAAGGUGGUUUUGAAUGGACUUUGGGAUUAAAGGAAAACGGCAGAAAAGAAAAGUCUUUUUUUUUUUUUUGUGUAACUACCACUUUAGUAAAGAUGAAAAAAAAAGUUUAUUUAACUUGGGAUAUUAAUUAAAAUUGUAUUUUUUAGCA